GUGGGGGGGGCGGGUGCUACGCGCAGGGUCGGGCUCCGUUCUAUCUCGCCGCCGCCCCGCCCCAGCCACGGCGGCUGCUGAGGCAGGCCGAUGGGCGCGGCCUGCAGGUCGGCGCGGCGGCGGCGAAUCGGGGCAGCCAAGAUGGCGGCGUCGGGACCUCUGCGGCGGCUGCCGCUGCUGCUGCUGGGCCGCCCUCCCCGGCCCCCCUCGCUGCCCAGGCGGAUCCCAAGGCGGGGGCUCCGCGCAGGAGUAUCCCUCCAGCAGCAGGAAGAGUUUACCUCACUUGAAGAGAAGCCGCAGUUCCCAGGUGCCUCAGCUGUGUUCGUGGACAGGCUCGAGUUCAUCCAGCCCAAUGUCAUUUCAGGGAUACCCAUCUACCGGGUCAUGGACAGGCAGGGGCAGAUCGUCAAUCCCAGUGAAGACCCCCAGCUCUCCAAAGAGCAAGUGCUGAAGUUCUACAAGACCAUGACCCUACUCAACACCAUGGAUCGGAUCCUUUACGAGUCCCAGAGGCAGGGUCGAAUUUCCUUCUACAUGACCAACUAUGGGGAAGAAGGCACUCACGUUGGCAGUGCAGCGGCCCUCGAUGAUACUGACCUGGUGUUUGGCCAGUAUCGUGAAGCAGGUGUCCUGAUGCACAGGGGGUACCCACUGGACCUGUUCAUGGCACAGUGUUAUGGGAACGCGAGCGACCCUGGGAAAGGCCGCCAAAUGCCGGUGCACUAUGGCUGCAAAGAUUUGCACUUUGUCACCAUCUCGUCCACGCUGGCCACACAGAUUCCUCAAGCUGUUGGCUCUGCUUAUGCCAUCAAGAGGGAGAACACCAACCGGAUCGUGAUCUGCUACUUUGGGGAGGGCGCAGCCAGCGAGGGAGACACCCACGCGGGCUUCAACUUUGCCGCCACCCUGGAGUGCCCCAUCAUUUUCUUCUGCCGGAAUAACGGCUACGCCAUCUCCACCCCAACAUCGGAGCAGUACCGAGGCGACGGAAUUGCUGCCCGGGGUCCCGGCUACGGCAUCAACUCCAUCCGGGUGGAUGGCAACGACGUCUUUGCCGUGUACAAUGCCACCAAGGAGGCCCGGCGGCGUGCCGUUGCAGAGAACCAGCCCUUCCUCAUCGAAGCCAUGACCUACAGGAUCGGGCACCACAGCACAAGUGACGACAGCUCCGCCUACCGCUCCGUGGAUGAAGUCAACUACUGGGACAAGCAGGACCACCCCAUCUCUCGCCUGCGGCACUACAUGGUGGGCCGGGAUUGGUGGGACGAGGAGCAGGAGAAGAGCUGGCGCAAGAAAUCCCGGAAGAGGGUGAUGGAGGCCUUUGAGGAGGCGGAGCGGAAGCUGAAGCCCAGACCUCAGCUCCUGUUCUCAGACGUCUACCACGAGAUGCCCUGGCACAUCCAGAAGCAGCAGGAAUCCCUGGAGCAUCACCUCAAGCAGUACGGCGAACACUACCCCCUCAACCACUUUGAGAAGUGAGCCCGGAACAAACCCUCUCCUCCCCACAUCAGCAGCUGGGGAGUGCCAGAGGAGCUCCCAGAGCCACAAACCAGUUCACGGACAGAAAGCUGUUCUCUGCCACACUUUCGCAACCCACCCCUGGCUGCUCUGAUGGUGGUGCGAAAAGAUGCCUCCGUUGCUGAUUGGAAGCUGCUGCCCAGAGCUUCUGUCUGAGGGCGCGGGGGGCCCUCAGUGAUUCCAGACCAGCCUCUGUCCACUGACUUGUUCCUUUGCCCGCGGUUCUUGAAACCUGUUACACACAGCCUAUUUAAAGCACAGGAGCGGUUCGCAGCCUUCUGACUGUGGAUCGGAUUUAGCCUUAGCUCUGCUGCUUUCCUUACUGGAGCUCUACACACACGUGUGUGCGCACACAGAUCCUGUUCUCUCUCUCACUCACUCUCUCACACACAGAGCGCUACAUCUGCCUUCCUUGGUUCUGUGCCAAACAGAUCUCCAUCAUACAAGCCUCUGCCAUGGAAGGCCACUUGGGGGAGACCAAUAGACUAGGCUGUUCACCUUCACCCGCCUGGUGGUGGAAGAUCUCAUGAAAACGUGUCGACACACUCUGUGUUCUUUCUGGGAGGUGAAUCUAGUCGUUUUGACAGCAUCUUCUGGCAGAAACCUGACUAACGGCCCCUCUAAGACAUGUGCUCAUCAACCUAAAGUGCAUCCUGGCUGCUUGCUCCAAAUAUUAAGGGAUUAAUUUCAAGGGGAUUUUGCUUGGGAUUUGGGGGCUUUCUCGAUCUAGCUGGGAAACCAAGUUGCAGAAGGGGUGCUUGAAGCAGUUGGUGCUUGGAGCAGACUAGACUUUCCACUGAGAGCCGAAUUAGAUGUCCUAUGAGAAGUACGUGAAGAAAAGCUCCCGUGCCUUGGGGAGUGAACUGGGACUGAGGGAGGGAGAGGCCCUUUCCCUCUAUGCUGUUUCCCCACUGCAGUGUGUCCCACAGGGGAAACAUUGCCAAGAACCUGUAUAACAGUAGUAUGUUUUCCCUAUAGGGCAAAUAUCAACUUCAAGGGAGCUAUUAAUUAGGGAAAUUGUGUUUGGGGAGGGUGGAUUAAACCCUUCUUCCAGCCCUGUGUUCUGGACUGGAUUGCCUUCCAGCUCGUCAUCCUCCCCCGGCUGCUAUUAAUUUGGGUUUGGGGUUUUUUUCUUUACACAAAAACACAGCCUGUUCACAGAUGGACAGCCUGGAUUGUAUCUAGUUUGGUUCCAGAACCCCUUCCCUGACGAAACGAUGAAUGUUUCCAGUGCCUUUGCAGAGGGUGGGGGCAGAGCUCUCUUCGUCUUACACUUCACUGAGGUGGUGGUGGUCACAUUUGGGGCGACGGGGCAUAAUGGGUGAAUUAUAAGCUGAUCCAGGCAAACUUAUGACGAUGGGGAAAGUUGGGAAAUUAAAAAAACAUUGGCUGUUC